AUCUACGUUACCCUAUUUAGAAUUGUAUUUUUCUCAUGACGUGUCGAGAGGUCUAAAAUUAUUUUGUAAAAAAACACCGAAACUUGCGAAUAUUACAUCGACAGAAUGCUUAAACAAUUAAUUGCCUUGUUGGUCCUGGUAAGCGCUUGUAAUAGCGUAUUUGGUCUAUACUUCCACAUUGCUGAAACGGAGCGCAAAUGUUUUAUCGAAGAAGUGCCCGAUGAGACCACUGUCAUAGUCAAUUACAAAGUGGAGUUAUAUGAUCCCCGUUCCAAUGGUUUUAUGCCUUCCUCUCCCGGUAUUGGCAUGCAUGUUGAGGUACGUGACAGUGAUGACAAAAUCAUUUUGUCUCGUGUCUACAGUUCGGAGGGCCGCAUCUCUUUCACAUCCCACACACCUGGUGAACAUGUAAUCUGCAUGUACUCUAACAGCACAUCAUGGUUCAGUGGAGCACAGCUUCGUGUCCAUUUGGACAUACAAGUUGGUGAACAUGCCAUUGAUUAUGCCAGCGUUGCACAAAAGGAAAAACUUACCGAAUUACAAUUGCGUAUUCGUCAGCUGUUGGAUCAAGUGGACCAAAUCACAAAGGAACAGAACUAUCAGCGUUAUCGCGAAGAACGUUUCCGUCAGACCAGUGAAAGUACCAACUCUCGUGUCUUGUGGUGGUCUGUUGCCCAAACCGUCGUCCUUGUCUGUAUGGGCUUCUGGCAAAUGAGACAUUUGAAGAGUUUCUUUGAAGCUAAGAAACUGGUGUAAAGGAAAUGUUUGUCUUGCUUAAUAUUUAAUUGGGUUUUUGCAAAAUCGCUCCACAAAGACAAACACAGCCCCACUUGUUCUCAUUUGUAAUGUCUCCUCACAUUUGAUAUACAUUUGUUCGAUGUUGGAUAUUCAAUCUCCAAACGUACUAAUGUUUUAGUAAUAUUUCCUCCAUUCCCUCAUAACCGUGUAUCACGAAAACGAACUGUCUUCAUUUAUGUAUAUCAUCAGUAUAGAGUUUUGAUUUGUGAAACAAGAGAAUACCACAUUUUUCAAAGAUUUUAGUUUAAAUAAAAAACUUUUAAAAAAUACAA